AUGGGUGAGAUGAUUUGGACCAGCGGAGUUGGGGAUGACGUGCGGCUGCAUGUCUUUCAGCAUCUGUGGCCGAGAGAAUGGUUGACGCUUCGCAGCCUGUGUGGCGCGGCGAAACGCUUCCUGGUGCAACAAGAGGUGCAGGAAGGCCUCAUCGCUCUGCUGUCCGAGGACCGCGCUGUUCGAACCGACGCCUUUGCGUUGACUUCACCAUUUUGGCAGACCUUGCGAAAGGCCAUUGUCCUCAACGGCCCCGCCGCAAUGGGGCUGCUGACCUCGGCCUUCGCCGCCAUGGGCCGCACCAAGUCACCUGGCGCAGCGAUGGCGUCGUGCCGCGGCGGCCGGGCGCGGCUGCUGGGGCGCUGCUUCACGGUGGCGGCGCAGAUGGGGCGAAGCAACGUGGUGACCUUGGCAUUGAGAUCCAAGGCGGAUUUGGAACAACGCAUCAAUGGACAAAGCGCCUUAGAUGGUGCCGCACAAGCCGGACACCUGCGAGUGGCCGAAGCUCUGCUGGAAGCCCGAGCCUUGGCGCAGCAGACGGCCGUCGGACGCUGGACGCCGCUGAUGCGGGCCUCGCAGGGAGGGCAUCUGCAGGUCUGCGAGCUGCUGUUGAAGGAAGGCGUGGAUCCGGACGAAUGGGCUGAUCGGAUGACGGCGCUGGACAUUGCCGAGGCGCAUUCCCACCAGGGUGUCUUUGCGCUGCUGCGCAGCAAAUCUGCGAAACGAUUCCUGGAGCUGCCACCGGCCAAACAGAAGGUCAGCUGGACUCUCCCCAGCUGCCCCGGUGGCGUGCUGCCCAAGCCCCCACGACCGGCAGCUUCAUCGGCACGACAUGGCAGCAGAGGGGUCUUGUGGGGAUCAGCCGUGCUUCACUUAUCGACCACUCGCAUCUCCAUUCCUGACGAAGAUGAGGCGGAAGGGGUGAACUUUGGCCGCUUGGCAGGAGGGAUCCUGGCACGCGCGCUGCGUGAGGAGAGUGUAGUUGUAGAUGCAGCUGGUGCGGCAGCGGUGAGCAACGCCACCAAAGCCGUGGCGCUGGCCAAUGUGCUGGCAGAGAGACAGGCCACAGCUCUUCGCUUAGCCUUCAAGCCACAAAUGCACGAGGCUCCAGAUGCCGAUGGGAGCGACAGGAAAGUCUGUCGACUCUUGGUCCAAACGCGCAUGCCCAUUGUUGGUGAGGAGCCAGCAGACUUCUCGAAAGGCGGUAUCUUUGUAUCCACCAUGAGCUACGCCUCGCAGGCGGAGCGGCAGAAUCCAACGACAUUGUCAAGGACCGCCCUGGGCGAAUGGAUGCGCUAUGCCGCCCCGGAACUGCGACAGGCAGUGCGCGCAGCCGCCCGGCGCUCUGAUGGAGAGGCUGUUGUCGCCAGCAAUGUUGGAAGGCGUGCAAGCGCUCCCUUCUUGGUGGCGAUGGGACCGCCUGCUAUCAGCUUGGCAGUGAAAUCCUUAGCCUUCGUAUUCAAAGACAUGCAGAAGGAGCAUCUGGUGGGCGUGCCACCUCUUCUAGUGGUACCCAAACUGCACGAGAAGAAGGGACCCAAAAUUCAGCGAGCCCGAGCUUUGUCUGUGUGGAAGCCUAGUGACCUCGUGGUGAUGACUUCAUGGCUAAGUGACUACUGUGGUGACUGUGAGAAGUGGCCAACACCUCCAGGAGGCCCCACACAGCCACUGACCAUGGUGGCACCCUCCACGGCCUUCGCGGGCGAGGCUGGUCGCUACCCUUGGUACCGAGUCUCCUUCAUGGGGGGCGUGGAUCUGCGGCAUGGACCAAGUGUGGAGGAUUCGGGGGCUCCCAACCCCAAGCGCCGCUGGCAACGGCGACGGGAGGCUGGCGAUGCCGAGGAAAAAGCUGGUUACGUGGAGAGAGUCAUGGCUGGAGGAACGGUGAAAUACCAAGAGGACCCAGUCAUCACGGAGCCUUGCACCGCCCCUUCGAACGCGCCCGCGGUGUGCGUCAUCGGUGGUGGCCCUUCGGGGCUUGGCUGCUGCCGGCGCUUAUGUGAUGCCGGGAUGCGGGUGACGCUGAUUCAAGAGAGUAGAGGACUGGGUGGAAAACUCUGCACCAAGUUUGUGAAUGGCAAAGAUGAUCCUACGCUUCAUUUUGACAUGGGCGUGCAGCUUCUCCGCCCCGCGGGAGCGCUGGCGGAGGAACUGCAGGGCGUUGUGGCGCCAUGGCCGCGGCCGGGGCGCUACAAAGAGCUGCGCUGCGAGGGCAGUUGGGAGAAGUGGCGCAUCAAAGAUGUCAAGGAUCUGCCAGUGACCGGGCUGGUGGUGGGGACACCUUCUAUGUCUGCGAUUGGACGACAUCUGGCGGAAAGAUGUCCAAAUUUGGAAGUUCAUGUGGACCGCACUGCCCACGUCCAGGGCCGGCGCCGCACGGGGCUGCGGCAGUGGAGCGUCCAGUGGAGUCGCGCAGAGGCAAACGCGGGGCAGCUUCGCUAUCGCCCAGAACUGGCGGAAGGGGCCUCGGAGGUGUCCUACCGCAACUUCGAUGCGGUGGUCUUGGCUUUUGAGGCCAACAAGAUCCUUCAAGGCUGCAAAUCUGGCUACAAGAUGGUUCCGCCUUCUGUCACGCCGGCCUUGCGGCAGAGACUCUCUGGAAAGACCAAGACUUCGCAGAUUUGGAAUUUGAUGGUGGCCUUUGACCGCGAGCUGCCAGUGCCCUGGGACGCGUGCCACGUGCUGAACCACGGCUCGCUGGCGUGGCUGGCCGUGAACAGCUCCAAGCCGCAGAGGGAACGAGUGCCGCAGUGCUUCAUGGUCUUCUCCACCAAGGAGUGGGCGUCGUGGAAGCAGUGGUCCAAGAAGGAAGUGGAGCGCGUGUUGCUCCAGGACUUCCUGGCGUUGCUGGCAGAGGCGCUGGGCUCCUGGCCUCCGGAGCCAUGCUUCGUGCUGAGCGGAAGAUGGGGCAACAACACCGAGGCGGUGCUGAGCAGCGUACGACCCUCAGGGGAAUUUCCCAUGCGCUCGCUGGGGCACUUUGAAGGUGUUACUGCCCCACUUUGGGACCGUGAAGACCGCAUGGGGGCCACAGGCGACUGGGCCCGCGGCUUUUCGGUGAGUGACGCUUACAGUGCUGGUGUCGAACUUGCCGAGGCUAUGCUGCUGGAUUUCGACAAGCUGAAGGGGGGAUGCUUGGCGGCUUUUUCGGGCAAGGUUGAAGGCUCUCGACUCCGCACCAAUCUUCGACGCUCCAGCGGUAGAUGCUCGGCAGAUGUGCCCUGCGCCGUGAAGUUUCACCCAGACUGGGGAGAUCCUGCUACGCCAGCUGACGCCAGCCCUGCACCGAGAACUGGUGAAACCCUGUGUCAAAACGCCACCUUCGCCGCCGCCGAGGAGCUCAUGGGUGCGGACGGCCGCAUCUACCUCCGUCUGGCGGAUGGUCGUGGGUGGGCCUUCGAUGACUCCACGCUCUUCCCGCAAGACCCUUCGGUGAUUCGAGGAUAUUGGCAGCCUGUCUCUGUGGCACAGGGAGCCAGCGCUGCACCAGGUGCAGGGAUCGCUGGCGUCAUGGGCAGUUUGGGAGCUCCUCCACCUGUCAUGAUGGAGGGCGCCCACUGGGCUUGA